AUGGCUGUAAAAGUAGACACAGGAGAAGUGGAAUUGCGAGUCGUCGCUGCUUAUGCGCCACAGGUGGGCUGUAGUGAAGAAGAGAAGGCGUACUUUUGGGAAGAUCUGGAGCAACCAUAUCGCUGCUCUACUCCAUCUGCUCGUUGUGGACUUGAAAAUCUCCCGUCCAAGGAAGAGACAUCCAAGGACAGAAACACAGCGCAUCAAAUGGUGGAAUCUGAAGAGAGCGUUAUACGCUUGACCGCGGAGAACACUCUGGGAAAGACGACUCUAGGUAAGCCCAAAGUACAAAAGGCUACGUGGUUUUGGAAUGAGCAAGUUCAGGCGGCAACUCGUGAGAAGAAGUCCAAGUAUAAGCUCUGGUGGAGGGCACGUCAGCCUGAAGAUCGGGGUGCUCACCUAGCGGCGAAAAGGGAGGCUAAGAAGGCAGUCUCCAAGGCGAAGUCGGACCGCUACAAGGCUGUGUACGACAUGCUUGAUACCAGAGAAGGCGAGCGGGCAGUGUAUCGUUUAGUCAGAGUACAACAUCGCUCAACGUUGGAUAUGGAACACACCAAGAUCGUUAAGGGAGCUGAUGGAGCCGUUCUGCGCCGCCCUGGUCAGAUCUUGGAGAGGUGGCGAGAGUACUACAAUCACUUGUGUAACAAAGAGUUGUGUCAUCCUCCCAUCCCAACUGUUCCCAGCGUCGAGGGUCCUGUUCUACCAAUUACUGUCGUCGAAGUCAAUGCUGCCCUCGCAAAAAUGAAGUCGAACAAGGCAACCGGUCCUGAUGACAUGCUGAUGUCUGGAAGCUGCUAG